CGGCCAUCGUGAAGACACGAUUGUAGGUUGUCUACACGAAGGAUACGCACAAGAAACAGUUUCAUACCGAACUGUUUGACAUCCAGGUGAAUACAAUCGAAUUUCGAACAAUGCAUAAACUACGUAGAAUCUCAGUUUGUGCUUUUGUAAAGAACAACGUAACAAAAAGGUCAUUCGUCGCUUUGGUGGUUAUAUUCUGUCUCAUGCGGUUUGCCAUGUUUGGCAUUCAUUAUUACAAUGAGCUGGAAAAGUACUAUGUCGGGGUAAUGUGAAAAUGCUUUUAUAAAUUUGGAUAAUUUAAAUUAUAUUCCUAUUAUUAUAAAAUUGGACAGUCCUAUUAUUAUAAAACUGGAUAUGUAGCAAUUGCGAGAGUUGACCAGAGGCAGUUCGUUCCCGUUUAUUUGUGACCGCCAAACUUAUCAUUAAUUUAAUAAUUUAAGCUUGUUAUUAGAAUUUUGAUGAGAGUUUUUUGCGGAAAGUAUACAUCAUGUUGUUUGAGCGGGCCGACAUAGAUACGAGUUGAGAAGUCAUGGAAACUCUUGCUUGUCAUGUCAUCAAGUCUGUCCGCAUUUUAUUUUGACUGCUUCGUUUCCACUGGCGUCGUAUAUAGGUGGUGUCAGGCAAGUUACGUCACAGUCGCCAUGUUGGAUGACAAAGGAUUUUGCUUGUUUGCAAUGCAAAUUAUUAAUAUCAACCAACAUGGAGAAAUCGCGAAAAUCUCAUUGCCCUUUGAAUUCCAUGGCCUGGGAGUGAUUGCACAUCACCUGUACUUUUAAUUCAUUCGAAAAUUAUUUCAAUAUGAGGAUGUCCCAAAAAAUCCUGUCCCAAAAAAACCCAAACUAUUGAAAUAACGUAUUGUUAGAAUAAGCUAAAACCCAAGGAUGCGUAGAAUAUUGACAGGGCGCAUAUAUUAUAAAUAAUGACUUAUUAAGAAAUUAAAAUGUCUUUGUAAAGCGCACUUUCUGCUGUUGGGAAUUCAAAGCAUCUUCUUAAACAUGCGUUUCUUUAUGCAUAAAAUUUACUUAUGUCAAGCUUUUAUGCACUUGUGUGUUCAGCAGAGUGGUCUCGCUAAAGGAAAUAAGGAAUUCAAGAUAAAUUGAUCAUGGAAAGAGCAGGGCAUGAAACGUCAGGUCAUUACAUCAGUAUCUGAGGCCUAGUGUACAGAGUACAAAGUAGAAAUAUCUAAAGCGUUCGAUCAGAUUAGCAAUAGAACUGCAGAUAUAGAUGAAUGUCAGCAACUUAUUAAGAAGGAAGGGAACAAAUUUCCAAAUAUAAAAAGCCAAGGUAAUAGCUGUGUUCAUGUGGUUGAGUGAGAUGUCAUUUGUGAGCAGUGGGAUGCCAGCAAAAUCUUGAUAGUGAGACGCAACAGCCCACGUCACACGUAUACAAUUAAUGAAUUUUUUAUCUGAAAUUAGAUUGUGCCGACUUGCUUGUAAAGGUUGACCCCAUGUAAAUUACAAAGGUGCCCAGAGCUAUUUUCUGAGCGAAUUCUUCAUGCAGCUAAGCAAAACGGAAAUAGUAGAAUCUAAGUUUUGUCUACAUACCCAAUAACUUCCGAAUUCCUUCAGAACGUACAUUUCAACUAGUUUGGUGAUAAAAAUCAAUUUGCUGACCCGUAAACUGUCAGGGGAUUUUUUGUUCUGGUUUUUAUUCCUGCAUGUUAAGACUAUGCGCUGUAAUACAAAUUAAAAAUAUAAAAAUUAUCUGAUACUAGAUUAUGGUGGGGAGUAUGUUGAAAGUUUUUCAUUGUACACAGAAGAAAGUUGCCUCCUAAAAGAAGUGACAUGCACUCUGAUUACAAGUUUUUAACUCGUGUGGGAGAUUGUUCCGUAAUUAUAAUUUAAUUGAUUUUGGAAAAAAUGAAUUUUGGUUGUAGUAUUGUUUGUGGUUAAAGUAGUAUAUACGAAAUUUCAACUACGGCAACAUCUCUCACUGGCUUAGUAAUAACCUUCUGAUUGGAUAAUUGGAUAUAUAUUGGUUGUCAAAUCAUAUCUGAACCUUUCUAUCUUAAUAGAAAAACAGACUAAUUCAUGACGAUAUAUGCAGGUUCAAAACAAAUAAUAUUCAUAUAGAAUAAUUCGGUAAAUUAUAUAAAACUCUCGUUGACAACUUGUUACAAGGUUGUUGACCCAACAGACUUGUUACAAGUUGUUCCAACAACUUGUUAUUGUCCUGCAAUUAGCCUUCGCACGAAUGCCAAAAUCCGCCAUUUUGGGGGGAACUGUCUGCCCUUGUGAAAGAUUCUAGACAAUUCAAACAACGUGAAAAGCAACUUUUAAAAGUUGUAACUGUAAAUUUACCAUUAUACAAACAACUACAAUACUAAAAAAAUACUUUCGUGUUGCGGAGAUUCUCAAACUUGGGGGAGGUCAUAUGAAGGGAAGAUGGCUGUGAAACUCAUUAGAAUAACAAUAUAACUCAUUAUCUACGUUAGUCAACGUUUAUUCAUAAAUCUGGUCCUUCACCGUCACGUGCGUAUUGUAUUUUUUUCCCAACAAACCAAUAGCAAUGUUUUAGGAAAGUCACCUAUCCGUGACUCAAACAAUAUAGCGAAAUUGGAAAUUGCUAUUGGUGGAUUUGUGAAAAGUACAAUACGCACGUGACAGUCAAGGACCAGAUUUAUGAAUAAACGUUGACAACAUAGAUAAUGAGUUGUAUUGUUAUUCUAAUAACUUUCACAGCCAUCUUUCCUUCGAUAUGCUAUGGGGAGGCUAAUUCACCAAUUCACUGGGGCGUAUACCGAGCGAUGUUUGUGUUUUGGGGAGGGGGGGGGGUUGCGACACCCCACACCUCAGAGGCAGUUGCAUCCCUACCAAAGAAAGCUUGUUAAUAUAAUUGGCCCUAACCCACACUGGCACAGCCAGUUCAAGAUUAGUAUUUACAGUCUGUCAAGAUAUGACGAUCAAACUUCAACUCCACAAAACAGAACACUUUUGUUUGAUGUUGAACUGUAUCUCACCGCGCACAAGUCCUUUGUCUCAACUUCAUUAAAUAUUACUUAUCGUGAUUGUACAGUACGUUUCAUCUCAGCAAGCCUUAUUGGACGGUUACUUGAUAGAGUUCAAUCACCGUGCACAAAUUCACAUCAACCCAGACAAAAGCAUAACACAAUGACUUCAAUUCAGUUUCCAUCAUAUCUUGAUAAACUAUAAUGGUAACGCGUUUCUUUAGUAACUAGUAUUUACAAUACUGAUUAAAGAAAUCCUCACCACGUAGUUUGUGAUAUUGUACAGGUUGCCAAUGCAGAUAUGUUAUCUGGAGACUUUACUUGCAAAAGCUCAAUAUCCAAGACGUCUUGUACGUUUUCUAUGGAUCAACACAGCGGGAUGAGAGUUUGUCUAAAUCUUGGUAAAAAAUGCAAAGGAUUUACAUAUAAUCUUGGUCCCAACACUGUCACAUUGAAGACGGGAGUUUUAGAUCGACCGAAAUUUACUCUGGGAGUUAUAACUGUUCUAAAGAAAGAAUAUAAAGAGUUUCUAGACAUUCGAGAAGAAAGUUGUGCACCAGUAUUGGUAAGUUAGGCAUUCAUAUCAUUUCAUUAUUUGUUUCUUAAAAUUGCAUUUCAUUGCGAAUACGUUUCUUAAAAUUGCCGGCCAGUUCUUACUCGUUCUAUUUUCUGAUGUGCUUCUAGGAAAGCCAAACAAAGUCAAAUGAAGAUAAGAAAAAGAACAAAAUAUGCAAUCUUCCCGUCAUUGAUCCAUUUGAUCCAACGGUGAUGAAAAUGAUCGAGAACGUUCCCCCACUGGUGUGUAAAGGAGAGAAAAACUUGACUUUUUAUCAAAAUGGAGUAUUAAGAAUUACUCCAGGUUCGUGACAUUUUGUUUUUAACUUAAAAAUCACAAAACAACAUGGAGAACACAAGUCCCUUAUUAAGCCUGAUUCUCAUAAGUCGCCGACGUCGGCGAUAUGCCAUUGUUUGAGAUCAGUGAAGAAGAACAUAGACAAAAGAUUUUAGUCAUCAAUGAUCAACAACAAUGGGCAUCGCCGACGUCGGCGACAUAGAGAAUCAGGCUUUAAGUCGCACCAAAAAUUUACAGAUAUUAUACCAAGGGUACAACAGUAUAUAUAGAAAGCUUAAGUAAGCGACGUUUCUGAUAACACGAACGCCAACCGGUAUAUUUGUAUAGGUAAUAGUAUGGUUUCGAGCAGAGGGUUUCGAGUGCAAUUCGGGAAGAAACAUACAUGAGUGCGUUUUUCAUAUAUAGCCGAUCAAAAAGAAAGAAAGUAGUGUUAUAAAAUACGACCUAAUGGAAAUAAGAUCCAAUGUUGUAUUUGUUUUCAUACGCUAUAGGCAAAAGUGUAAAGAAAGUUGACUAUCAAAUUUUGCAAAGAAAAAGUAAUUCAGGUCAAGGUUACGACGUUUUCCGAACAGGCACGUUGACGCCGUCGGAUCCCGAAGUGAAACUAAACGAGGAUAUGGUAUAUCUUGAGAUCGAAUCUGACAAUGGUGACCAACAAAGAGAGUUCCAUCUUGAUGUACAACCGCGUAAAGAGUACGUAGAGCGCAUGGCAGAAAGCAAACCUGGAAUACCGCUGAACAUAAUGAUGGUCGGCAUGGAUUCUACAUCACACGCACAUUUUCAUAGGAAACUGGCUCCAGUGUAUAAGUAUUUGAAAGAAGAUCUGCAGUCGGUUAUAUUUAACGGACAUUCGAUAGUAGGUGACGGAACAACGGAAAAUGUCGUAGGAAUGCUUGUUGGACGGCUUCUUGAUGAAUUACCGGAAGCCAGGAAAGGGUAAGCAGACCGCUCCAAAAAUACUUCGUUUUAGAUUACGUUUACAUUAGGGCAAACAUUUCCAGAUUCGUAAAAAUAUUCAGAUUCUUUGCUGUACUAGCCAGCCUGACAGAGUGGAAGCCACUUUUCAGUUCUUCCCAAAUUAUGACGUCAUAUUGUGUAUCUAUAACUGAACAGACAACGGCAAAAUCUUAUCUCUUUGUUAUAUAUUAUAUAUAUGAUUUCCUUUCGUUUGUUAGGAGACAUGGUGCAAAUUGUAUCGACCGCUGGCCACUCAUAUUCAAAGACAUGCGGGCGCAUGGUUACGUCACAUAUUACAGCGAAGACGAGGUUUGGAACGGUGCUAUUACCGCUCGACUUUAUGGUUUCUGUAAACCGCCUAUCGACCACUAUCUGCUACCAUUGUGGUAUGCUGGUCUAAACAAAAUGACAUCAAUGUAUAGAAAAGUUGUAGAAAAAGGCACAUAUAUUAAAGGUCACUGCCUAGGUUCUCAAGCUAUCUACAACGUCAGCUUCAAUGCUGUACAAAGCUUCUUUGCAGCUUAUCCCAACACUCCAAAGUUCGGGUUUCAAUUCAAUGCAGAUUUUUGCCAUCACGAGAAUUUUAAUUUUAUAUCACUUGUCGAAGAUAGGCUGUUAAAUUUUCUCAAACUUAUGAAGGAUAAAAACUAUCUUAAUAAUACUUUGUUGAUUUUAUUCGGAGAUCAUGGACUUCGUUAUGGCUUUGUACGUUCCAGUAUUAUCGGUCGUAUGGAAGAAAGAUUGCCUUUUCUAUCUCUGACUUUCCCGCCUUGGUUCCAAUACUCUUAUCCAGAACUCUACGCGAACUUACGGAGAAACGCCGAGGUGCUUACGUCACAUUUCGACCUUCACGCGACUUUUCAACAUCUUUUGACAUAUCCGAAAGAGCCACAGGGUUUGCCUCAUGGGAAAAGUCUUUUGACAAAUAUCGGGUGGAGAACCUGCAAACAAGCUGGAAUACCUUUUCAUUAUUGUCCGUGUUUGGACUGGGACCCAGUUAGCGCUGAUCACAAGGAUGUGCGGAACAGCGGGCUCGCUGUCGUCAGCAAAAUUAAUAAUAUGCUAAACGAAAGUGGUAUCAGUAACAAAUGCGCAAAAUUAAAACUAGGAAAGAUUAAAUCCGCCAUAUUGGUCAAGUCCAAAAUCGGAGAGGACGACGAAGACAGCAAUGCAGGAAUUCUCAAAGGUAAGUUGCUUUGAUUUGUGUAUACCCUAUUUACUCGUUUAAGCACUGCAGCGCUCCUAAAAUUUUAGGUGCAGGUACGGAUGCGGCGCUUAUUUGUAAGAAAAUCUCUAGAGACCUUACGAUUUUAGGCGACGGCCAAAACAAACUCCUUCAAAUAAAUGGUAGUCGAUAGUUCGUCGUAUAUUAUCAAUCGUAUGAAUUUAAUACAGUUUUAGAAGUUGAAGACAUGGGUUUUAUGGUUGGAAAGAGUUCUGCUGAACCCAGUUUGAAGUUGCACUUGUUGUGGCUUGGAAUGCAGCCGUCGUUGUAUCAACACGUGAAAAUCUGUGAUUUGGCGUUGUAAACAGAGCGAGGACAAUGUCUAAAUUAUUCAUUUAUUGUAAUUACUCAAUUCUUUUCAAUGAUCUAUUGUAUUGGUAGCCGUUGCCGUAGCGUUGCCGUCCUAAAAUCGUAAGGUCUCUAAUAACCGGAAUGAACGGUUUACAUGAAUGGGUUGUUCUCUUUUAACGGAUAGGGUUCGUCCCAAGACUGUGAAUUUAACGUCCACCGUUUUGCCUCCACUAUGUUUGACCAGGGUUUGACGAACUCAUGGGCGUUGGUUGCGGGGUUUGGGUGAAGGUUAGGGUUUUAUUAGGACUUAGGAGAUUACGACACCGAAUGCCAAGUAUAAAAUAAAACUUUUACAUUUUUUAGCGAACAUGUUGCAGAUCCCACCGUGAUAUCGCUUAUGAGCUUAUCUGCCCGAUUAUAUAUUUUUAUUUGCACAGGUGGCUGUAUGUACCAACUUCAGAUCGAGACAUCGCCAAAUGACGGGUUAUAUGAAGCAACAGUACAAGUAAUCAGCGGUGAACCUCGUGUUAAUCCUCAGCUAAGCAGAAUCAAUGAAUAUGGCAAUGCAGCGCAGUGUAUAAGAAACACACAGCCAUUACUUCGAAGGUUCUGUUAUUGUUUGAAAAACAAAUGACAAUACUGGCAAAGAAUGUUAAAAUGCAUCUCAAAAUGAUUACCCGUACAAAUUUUGUCCACACCGUUACCAUUUUUUUAAAUCAGGAGUGAAAUAAUCAAUCGUGACGCAAUUAUUCAUUAUUUAUUUUAGGUAUUUCCUAUUGAACUAAAAAUAAGUAGGUGCAUUUUACGUCGUCUUAAACGAUGUUUUAGUGCAUUUUUUUAACCUAGUUUUGGAAAUUAAAAAACCCCGCGUUUUUCCGUUACGUUAAAAGACUGGGCAUGGCACUACGUCACUGAAGCCCACUGUAUUCAUGCCACAUUUGCCCCAAUGUCGUCUAACUUCGUAUUCGACUACAAUAGUAAUUUUGAGGUGCUCUUUCAAAUGGUUGGUUGAGAUCACUCCUUAAUUUAGUCUUUCUGUCCCGUUUUAAUCAACGCUAAAUUCAAAUUGAUUAUCAUAAAUUUUAUAUUAAUA